AAACAUCAAAGCAUGAAGGACAGUAGCAUUCACAAGCGCCUCUCGCUCAACUACUCGAGCGGUUCGUCCUCAUCGACCCUCGGGGCAGGGUCGUCGUCAUCCGCCGGCGGGUCAUCUGAGCUCUGUGGCAUCAUGGAAAGGGACUCGGAAGCGAAGCUGGUGAUGGGCGAGCAUUUCGACAUGGCGUCUGGCCGACUGAGUUCCAGCGGGAUCGGCAGCAGCACGUCUUGUUCCAGCACUUGUUCCCUUCAGUCCAUUGCGAGCCAGUCUAAGCAUUUGCUGCAGAAUGACCAUGAUCAUGCCGAAGCAUCUUCGGACGAUUUCGGGUCCCUGGAAGACGGCGGCGUUCGACAAUCGGGCAGAUUCAGGCCUACUCAACCCCUCGCUUUACUUCGGGAAUCGGCAAGCUUAUUCCAAAGCCCCGCGGGGCUUUUCCAGAAUCCCAUGCAUUCCUCGUCAUCAUCGCAUCAGCAUCCAGACGUGGUUCCGCAGCAAUUCCUGGCGUCGUCGUCGUCGUCGCCGUCGCCGUCGUCCCGACCGCCGCAAUGCGACCAUGGCGUCCAUCUCCGCGGUGCAGCGGCGCCGCACGGUCACCACCAAGAUUCUCAACCGCAAACUGUUCAUCAGCAGCAUCACGUGUCGACGACUUACAUCACACUGGACAGGGCUGAUGAGGAGGUUGCGAGCAGGAUUUACAUUUCCGCGGCGGGGCCUUUGAGCGGAGCCGAAGAUGGCGGAGAUUCGCUGGUGAGUAAACCGAACGAGGUUCGCAUCAGUGUGUCGGAUGCGUCUGGAGAUGCUCGCUACGACAUCGAGGAUCGCGACACGUUCGACGAAGAAAACAACGACAACAGCAAUGAAGACGACAAUCCAGAUUCUCGUCCCCAAGGACUCGAAUUCAUUUUGUCAAACUCCAACAUCGAGUCUUCGUAA